UGGCAGCGGCCAUGGAGACGCAAGAAGGAGCCGACGAUCUCCGGACGCUUUUUCGUUACCCGGGGUUCAAUUUCAGUCCCAGCGAUGUCCAUCUCGUGGCCUUUUACCUUCGGAGGAGGAUCAGCGGAGUGAUGAUCCCGAGCAGCUUGGUCCGAGAGUUGGAUGUCUACUCAACGGAACCCUGGAAUCUUCCUGCGGGUGGCCUGCUUCAGCCCGAAAGUGAGGGGGAGUACUCUGAUUUAUUUGGAUUUCCCGAAAGUGAGGAGAAGCGCAUGCUUUUCUUCACUCGCAGACACCCGAUCAGCGCGCGCUCUCGGAAGUUUAACCGCAAUGCUGGCUGCGGUUUAUGGCACUGUGGUAGCAAAGACAAAGAUGUCAAGCAUGGGUCUCAAGUUAUUGGGUACAGACUGCAAUUCACUUUCAGGAAGAUGGGCGUCGGGAACCAGAAGGUCCAUACCAACUGGAUCAUGCAUGAGUUCCGCCUCGACAAAGAGACAAACAUCGACAGCUUGGUGCUUUGUAAAAUCUUCAAGAGGAAGCAUGGUGAGGAGGGGGAUACGGGUGGCCUCGGCGCUGUCACUGCUCUCUCUGGUGUUUCUGAUGGUGGUGAAGAAGAAGAAGAAAAAGAGGGGAGAUUGGAAAAGAGGAGGAGGGUUGUGGAAUCAGGUGGACUACAAAAGGGCUUGAUGGAUGGUUAUGCUGAGGAGUCUUCGCUGUUCAGUGCCGUGUACGAGUCUAUUUUCCUUGAUGAUGCCGGAAUUGACGCAUCAUCAUCUUUUUUCCCUUUUCACUUUUAGGAAGAUCCGCGUCGGAAGUUUGAAUGGGAUGUAGUCCAGUAUCCAUUUUCUGCUUCUUAGUCCUUGUAUGCAUGUUUUUUUAGGUGCUCAUUUGUGUGUUUAA